AUGUUGACUCGAAGGCAGCACGACCGACACGCUGGGCUAGUGUUCUCCGUGAAUCUCGCCGUGAGUGACCUGCUAUGCACUCUGACUCUUCCUCUUUUGGCUCACUACUACUUCAAUGGCAAGCACUGGGUCUUCGGAGAGGUACUUUGCAAAAUUCAACGAUUCACUUUCACAAGUAACCUGUACGGAAGCAUGUUUUUCAUCGCCUGCAUCAGCGUCACCCGCUACCUGGCUAUAGCGCAUCCUUUCUUUACGCAUAGCUACUCUAACCUCAAGCACGCAUACGUCGUGAGUUUCGUGGUAUGGAUUGUAAACGUCGCCAUUUGUGUCCCAGUUUUUAAAUUUGCUUCAACUUCACAGAGCGACAUCACGAACUACACCGAAUGCGUAACUGCCUCUGGAAAGGAUAACCAAAUGCAAUAUUUUCCCUACAGCCUGUUUUUGGCAGCAUUUGGGUGCGCGCUGCCGUUUCUGGCAACGCUUUUCUCCUAUAUCGGUAUUCUCCGGUCAUCUUCGAAGAACUCAUCAAUUACAGAUUUGGAGAAGAAGAAGCUCGUUCAGGUCGCCGCCACGGUGGUGACAAUGUAUACGAUUUCGUUCAUUCCGUAUCACGUACUCUUGAACCUGAACUGGUACCUGAAGCUGGAUCCUGAAACAGCCUUUAACCGGACCGUGUACUGGCCUUACCAAGUUACGAAAGCUCUGGUCUCUCUCAGCCCGUGUGUCCAUCCCUUGUUGUACGCGGCGCUACUCGACAGUAUCCGCAGAUUGUGUGGCCGGACAUGUAGCUCCAAGUGACACGAACGUGCAAAUCCAAUUAUAUUGAAAUGUCUUUGCUGUCAUUUCUCGUGUGUAUUUCUGUGUGCGUUGCAUGUUUCGUGCUGUGAUUGAACCAACCUCCAAGAUCAUUUCGAUGAUGCUAUGGUUGCUCGUAUGUUAGGACUUAUCUUGGGGGUCGUAAUGAACAACAUUUACGAAUUUUGUGGAAUCACUGGACAUUGAUGAUAUUGGUUUUGAAUUACAUUAAAA